AUGGCGCCGAAGCAAGCGACGCUCGGCAAGUUUUUCGGCGGCCAGAAUGCCCAGAAAGCUGAGGCCCAGCAGGCGAAGCUGAAGUUCUCAUCCAAGGUAGGCACGAAAGAGGAGAAAGAGAACCUGUCAGCUGCACCAGGAGCCUCCAAGUCCCAUCCUAUCGACCUUAAGAAGGAGGAUGAUGACGAUGUGGAGAUGAAGAAUGCCAAGGUUGAAGAGUCUGAGAACGAUGCACCGUCGGUCAAUAAGGAAGCUUCGCCACGAAGCUCCUCCAAGAAGCGCUCUGCCUCUGCAGAAGCUGAUCCCGAUGAUGAAGAUGAAGAACCGCCUACUAAGAAAGCCCGCAAGCCCGCGACAAACGGAAGCAACAGUGACGAUGAACUUGCCGAAAACCCAACCAAGAAAGUCCGAGCUCCUGCUCCCGUAGAGCCGUCCGAGAACCAAGGUCGAAAGUCAAAUUCGAAGAGGACCGCAGUCCCUAACGAAGACGAUGAAGAGCCUGUCAAGAAGACUUUGUCCACAAAGAAAUCGUCAGAAGCCAAGUCUAUCGCCCAAGAGCAGGACGUAGAAGAAGAAGAAAAUGACAAAAACGAACCCAGUGAUUCAGAAGCUGAAUCAGAAGACUCAGAGCAGGAAGAUGAGAUCAAGCCGAAACAAGCAGCAAAAGCUCGCGAAAAGGUCCAGAGUACUCUUAAAGCCACGAGCAAGGACGCAUACCCCGAUUGGAAAGCGGGAGACCCGGUACCUUAUGCUGCAUUAUGCACCACUUUUUCCAAGAUUGAGCUCACUACGAAGCGUCUCGAGAUUCUGGCUUUAUGCUCAGCUUUCCUUCGACAGGUUGCGCGACUGACACCACAGGAUUUGCUUCCCACUGUUCUCCUGAUGAAUGGAAAAUUAGCAGCAGACUACUCCGGCAUCGAACUCGGAAUUGGUGAGUCUCUCAUCAUGAAGGCCAUUGGCGAGAGUACUGGACGAAGUCUGAAGAUCAUCAAGGAGGAUCAACAAAAGAUAGGAGAUCUUGGUUUGGUUGCUGCAAAGAGCCGGCAGAAUCAACCCACCAUGUUCAAGCCCAAGCCUCUUACCGUCCGCGGCGUUCAUGAAGGUCUGAUGAAGAUCGCCACCGUCGAAGGCCAAGGCUCUCAAGGCCGAAAAGUGGACGGAAUCAAGAAGCUGCUAUCGUCUGCAGACGUGAAUCUUCCUAAAGGCCAAAAUGUGGAUAUCAACAAGGACAAAGGUGGACCAAGUGAGUCAAAAUUCAUCAUCCGUGCCCUCGAAGGCAAGAUGCGACUUGGAUUAGCCGAUAAGAGUCUGCAGGCAGCGCUCUCGCACGCCAUGGUGGCUCAUGCUGUCUCUGAAGACGGCAAGAAAGUUCCCACUGAGGCGGAUCUGAAGAAAGGUGAAGAAAUUUUCAAAGCAGUUUACAACGAAUUGCCGGCCUACGAGGUGAUAGUACCAGCCUUGUUAGAGCAUGGUAUAUGGAAACUUCGCGGCGCUCUAAAGCUCCGGCCUGGAGUCCCUCUAAAGCCCAUGCUUGCCAAGCCAACAAAGUCCAUCGGCGAAGUACUUGAUCGAUUUGAAGGAAGAGACUUCACUUGCGAGUAUAAAUACGAUGGAGAGCGUGCCCAGAUUCAUUACGUUGCUCACGAUGCGGACGAGGAAUUCGCAGCCACUGUCGCACCAAAAGAAGGCAAGACCGACCGGGGUGUCUCGAACAUCUUCUCGCGAAAUAGCGAGGAUCUGAGCAAGAAGUAUCCCGACAUUCUGGCAAGAUUGCCUUCAUGGGUCAAAAAGGGCACCAAGUCCUUUGUGCUCGAUUGCGAGACCGUGGCUUGGGAUGUGGAGAAGAAGCAUGUCCUGCCCUUCCAACAGCUCAUGACGCGAAAGAAAAAGGACGUCAAAGCCGAGGACAUCAAAGUCAAGGUCUGCGUGUUUGCUUUCGACAUCCUCUACCUCGAUGGCGAGGCGCUAGUUAACAAGCCUUUCCGCGAGCGCAGAGAGGCCAUGUACGGCGCUUUCGAAGAAGUGGAAGGCGAAUUUGCCUUCGCCAAAUUUGGAAACUCACGAGAGAUUGAAGAGAUCCAGACUCUGCUUGACGAAUCCAUUGCCGCGUCGUGCGAAGGACUCAUGGUUAAAAUGCUCGACGGUGUAGAAUCGCAUUACGAGCCUUCCCGUCGCUCCCAGAAUUGGCUGAAAGUGAAAAAGGACUACCUCUCUGGUGCCGGCGAUUCUCUCGAUCUGGUGGUGCUUGGUGCAUACUACGGAAAAGGCAAGCGCACGAAUUGGUAUGGUGCUUUCCAUCUGGCGUGCUAUAACUCCAGCACCGAGCAAUACGAAACGGUCUGCAACAUUGGCACUGGAUUCAGUGAAGCAGUGCUGGCCGAACUUCAUGAGACAUUGUCGCCGCUUGUGAUCGACCGCGCCAAGCCUUUCUACGAUCAUUCCACAGGCAAGAACGACCAGCCCGAUGUCUGGUUCGAGCCAAAAUACGUGUGGGAGGUAAAGACGGCGGAUCUGACAUUGUCUCCCCGAUAUCGUGCUGCGAGCAGUGAGUUCGGCAGUGAUGGUGUGCAUAAGGGUGUGUCGCUCAGAUUCCCACGUUUCAUCCGUGUGAGGGAUGAUAAGAAGCCCGAGGAGGCUACUACCAGUAGGCAGGUGGCAGAAAUGUACAGGAAGCAAGAGAGUGUGGGCAAGGAUAAGAAAGCUGGUGUGGAUGAUGAUUUCGAAUACUGA